AUGGCUGAACUGGUUGGUGUGAUCGCGAGCGCUGUCACCUUCGGGACUGUUGUUGCACAGCUCACAAAAUCUAUCACUUCUCUAAAGGACUUCUGUGAGCAGAUUCGCGAUUUACCUAGUGACAUGUUGGCUUGUGCGAGAUAUCGAGGUGACAUUGAGACCGAGUUGGUGCAAAAGCCGAUUACAUCAGUCCUGAAUGAUAGCAAGCAUGUUCAGCAAAGUCUGGAGUUUUGCAGAGAAGCCGCCGUCGGUUUGGAAACAACGUACAAGGACUUAGUCCAAGAUGUUCAAUCCGGCGCUCGAAUACCUCAGUAUUACGCCAUGAUGAAGCUGGUGAUGCGGAGGAGCAGGAUAGAGAAGUACAAAUCACGGCUACAGGAUGUGCUUCGUUUACUUUUAUUAUCUCAGCAAUGCUAUACAAGAGCUCUUUUGCUAACCCGACCUGAAUUGAUAGCCCAAGAGAUAGUACGCCAGCAGAAAGAAUCUUCGAAUGAGGUCUUUGAAAAUGAAAUGCCUGAGCCUGGCGGCCAUAGAAGGCACCCUAUGGUAUAUCCUACGAACAGACAUUAUUCCACAGCUGGAGUAGGUGUUAGCAGGAACUCCCACAGCUUUCGGAACAAAGCUUUGGUGUGGCGUGCUUCUCUGCCGCCUUGGGUGACUACCAAAGCUUUGGAAAUAAGUGGCCUGAAAUUCCCUGACGGCUGGCAAUGGAUCUUCCGGACGUACAACUCAAUUCCACUCGGAUCGGAAGCGGUCUUCCUCGCUGGAUCUGGCGACAUCCAAGGCCUGCAGAGACUUUUUGCCUCUAAGCAGGCUUCGCCUUUUGAUCGAAUUGACGGAAAUGGAUAUACAUUACUCCAUUAUGCAGGUGGAAUAAACAGGCAUGCCGUUCUCGAGUUCCUCCUCAACGAGGGAGCAGACAUGUCUAUUGCGGGCAACUUCAGUCAUCCCGUCACAACCAUUUCCUACUUAGUGUGGUCGGGAAGUGUUGGGGGGGAACAAGGGCAUACUCUGCUCCCUUCCCUUCGGAUCCUUCUUCGUCGCUCGGAGGAGCUCUAUGAAACACCAGAAGAAACAAUCAGCGGAUUCCUAUCAGAAUUUCACGGAACAGCUGAAGAGUUUCUUUUCUGUCAACAAAGAUGCUGUCCGAACUUUUACCGAAUGCCACAGUGGACACGAGUCGCAGUGGCUGCUCGCGCGGCGUCCGGUGUCUGGGACGCCUACCAUAUGCCCGAAAUGAUUCGGACAGUCCUAGGAGAGAGCGCUUUGGGCGCAGAAAGGAUUCAACAAGUGUGGGCUUCGGAGAAUUAUCCAGCGACAGUAACAUUAGUGCAUAGUGUGGCACAUAAACUUGGCAGAAGUCAGGCUGGAAUGCAACUCUGCCACAGUCCUGCGCGGAAGCCAUUCCAGGGGGCAAAAGAGUUGGAAGCUUCGUGGACAGAGCGCGAUGAGUUCAAAAAGCAAAAAAAACUCUGCGAGUCAUGGAAUUGUUUAUUUCGUGAAUUCUUGCUCAGCGGGAUUGAUUUGCGCCAAAUCGUUGAUGGGAAGACGCCCUUGAUUGCAUUCCUUCAAGGAUAUUUCCAUCAUGACAAGAGACCGAAAUAUGAAUCGUCGGCUUGUGUGACUGCUUUAAGGUCCUGGUUGACGGGAUUGAAAGCUGCUGGUAUUGGGCGGAAGGAGGUGAAACUUUGGAAGAGCGGAACUGUUCAAAGAGAGAUUUUCUGUGUCGGUGGAAAUGAGGAGUGGAAACGACUGAUCAAUCUUGUUUAUGGCGCGUACCCUUCAGACUGGAACAUAUGGUUUUCGGAGUGUUCUGAUUCUUAUGCAGGCGAAUUUUGGGAUCUAAUUGAGCGGGAGGUGGAAGCCAUGCCAGGUGGUUGGCCAGUGGAUUAA